AUGCUUCGUCGAGCCGACGCGGAAGAGGAUCUUUAUUCAGGUUUCAACGAUGACGCCCACCCAGCCUUCGACACGCGGACCCUCCAGAUCGACGAAGGUUUUCAACAGGCGGUCCAAAGCAGUCAUGGCAUGCGCCCCUCGACCAAUUUCCGAAUGAUGACAGCGCGUGGCAAUACAGCCAUGAGACGGACUGUCGGCACGGCUAGCGGGAGACCCGUGACGGGAGAGAUGAAUCGGCCCGUCACAGCCGUCAGGGGAGCCGGAUUCAACUCCGCUGCUCGGGUAGGGGCAAUGUUCGAUCCUCUGAAUCAAGCGAAAACAUCGCCCAUCGUCACAUUGCAACUGAAAGACGAGAACGACCCAAAGGAGAAGAUAAAAUCCAUGGAGGCCCGUAUCAAUUCGCUCGUUGAAGAGAGCAUUCGAGACGCCUCGAAGAAAAAUUUCAAACUGGCCCUGGAGAAAGCGAAAGAAGCUGUGGCCAGGGAUCGUCAGCUGUCCAAGCAGAGGGACCAGAUUCUGCCCGGUGGUCAGGCGAAUAUGGAGUUGAGUUUCUGCGCUAAACUCAACCUCGCGCUCCGAUACACCGAUGGCGACAUGUUGAACGAGGCCCUCGAGAUUUACCAGAGCAUAGUUCAAAAUCGAGCGUUUUCCAACACUGGGCGGCUCAAACUCAACAUGGGAAACAUCUGCUUCAUGCAAGAGAAUUUUCCAAAAGCCGUGAAAUACUAUCGCAUGGCGUUGGAUCAGGUCCCGAACAUGCAGAAAGAUCUUCGUAUCAAGAUACUGAAAAACAUCGGAACGGCUUUUGUGAAGAUGGGUCAAUUCGCGGACGCCAUAACUUCGUUCGAGUAUAUUAUGGCUGAAAAAAGCGAUAUACAAGCAGCGCUGCAUUUGAUCCUCUGUCAUUACGCCCUUGGAGAUGUGGAUAAGAUGAAGCGCGCCUUCAUCAAGCUCCUGGAUGUUGACAAUGUGUCGUUGGAAUCUUCAGAGCAGAACGGACCCCCGAGAAAUGAUUUACUGCAUAAAAUGGAACAGAAACGGAAGCGUGACUCGGAAUUCAUAAUAAUGACUGCUGCAAAUUUGAUAACACCGGUGAUUUUCCCGACGGCGGCCGAAAGCUACGAUUGGUGUAUCGAACAAAUUAAGGCGUCCUCCAAUUUCGCGUACCUCGCAUCAGACCUCGAGCUUAAUAAAGCGACCGCAUUCCUGCGGAAGAGAGAAUUCGGGAAAGCGAUCGAAACAUUGAAGAGCUUCGAAAAGCGUGAUAAUAAGAACGUUUCGGCGGCGAACAAUCUCUCGUUCCUAUACUUCAUGCUGGACAGGCGGCAAGCUGAGAAAUACGCCGACGCUGCGAUCGCGGUCGAUAAAUAUUACGCCGCCGCACUCGUCAAUAAAGGCAACUGCUGUUUCGCAAGGGGCGAUUUUCUCCAAGCGAAGGAGUACUACAACGAGGCGCUGCAGGUUGAGGCCAGCUGCGUCGAAGCGCUGUACAACAUAGCGCUCGCAUGCGAGAAGCUCAGAGAGCGAGACCUCGCUCUGGAUUACUUGUUCAAGUUUCAGGCCAUCGUGGGGCUUUAUCCGAAAGCGUUGUAUAAAAUCGGCCAGCAGUACGAGGCAGCCGGGGAUAUAAAUCAGAGCAUGGAAUGGUACCAUCAAGCCUCGACGCUGCUCUUGAGCGAUCCGGAUCUCCUGAAUAAACUCGGCUCUCUGUGCGAAAAUCAGAUGGAUGACAUCCAUCAGGCGUGUCAUUAUCAUACUGAAGCGUGUAGACACUACCCGUCAUCGUUGUCAACUCUGGAGUGGCUCGGAGGUUAUCAUGUCGAGGUUCACUCUUUCGACGAAGCAAUCAAAUGCUUCGAAAAGGCCCAACUCAUCCAACCUGCUGAGCCAAUGUGGCCAUUGUAUAUCGGUUCGUGCUACAUGCGGUCGGGCCAGUUCGAUGAAGCGUUGCGCUGCUAUGAGGCCGUGCAUCGGAAAUUCCCAGAGAAUAUCGAUUGCCUCAAGAUGCUCACAAAGAUCACAGGUGAUCUCGAGCUGCCGGAAUACGAGGAGUACAUGGCCAGGAUGAAAAAAUGUGAGAAGCUCAGAGAAGCCCGGGCUCAGAGCGGUAGAACGAGUGGAGGGCGCAGAAAACGAAGGGAAACCUCCGCAAGACCAGUAAGCUCCGCCGAAGGUUCGAAUGCAGCUAAAAUUACAGAAUCGGUCAUGACAGAAGUCGAGUUCGAUGACCUCGACGAUGAUUUCUUACCGUUGUGA